AUGAGCCUAUAUCAGUAUCUGGGGAACUCUGGCCUCAAAGUUUCAAAAGUCAUUCUUGGAGCAAUGAGCUACAGGACACCAAAAUGGCAAGGUUGGGUUCUCGACAAAGAAGAUUCACUUCCUCUACUAGAACAUGCAUACAACGCGGGAAUCCGCACCGGGGACACUGCAGAUCUCUAUUCCCACGGACAGUCUGAACAGGUUAUUGGUGAAGCUAUCAAUAAGUACAACAUUCCUCGAGAAAACCUUGUCAUCCUCACGAAAAUCUACUUCGGUGUCACAGUAUAA